AUGGCUCAACUCCUGAAUAGCAUACUCACCAUGAACAAGGUGUUCCAGAAAUACGCCAGUGGGGAUGGGGACUGCACCUCACUGUGUAAAAAGGAGCUGAAGCAUCUGCUUUUGGCUGAAUUUGGAGACGUCCUCCGGAGACCAAAUGACCCAGAGACUGUGGAAACCAUCCUGAGCCUGUUGGAUAGAGAUAGAGAUGAACAAGUUGAUUUUAAAGAAUACCUCUUGUUGGUGUUCCAAUUGGCCCAAGCCUGCUAUCAUAACCUAGAUACUGAAUCAUGUGGAGAUAGAACUUCCCAGCAAGAAGGAGGACAGGAGGGAUCACAAGACCAUAUGAGCCCAAGAAACCGAGGCAGACAACAAAGGCAUAGUCAUGAAGAAGAAAGUCAGGAUUCCCAUCAUGGUCAGUCUGAGUUUCAUGAUAGGGAUUCCCAGCGUGGUCAUACUGGAAGACAAGAUAGGGAUUCCUGUCAUGGCCAGGAUAGGGACUCCCGCCAGUAUCAGUCUGGGAGACAGAAUAGGGACACCCAUCAGAAUCAGUCUGGAAGACAAGAUAAGGAUGCCUGUCAUGAUCAGUCUGGGAGACAGGAUAGGGACUCCCACCUGGGUCAGUCUGGAAGACAUGAUCUAGAGUCCCACCAGAGUCAGUCAAGAAGACAAGAAAGGGAUUCCUGUCAUAGUCAAUCUGAGAGACAAAACCAGGAUCCCAGAUUAGAUCAGUAUGAGAGACAAGGCCACGACUCUGGCUGUGGUCAAAAUUCGAGUCAUCAGACUACCAGUAGUCAGCAUAAAAGACAUGGAUAUCUCUUUCCCUUAAAUCAGUGUGAGAAUGAUUCUCAUUAUCUUCAGUCUGAAAGACUUGGGCAGCGAUCAAGCUGUGGCCAAUCUAGAAGUCUUGGACAGGAUUCUCGUUCUAGCCACCUGGACCAACAGGAAUCAGGCUCUCAUUAUGGACAGUCUACAAGAUUGGGUCAGGAAUCAGGUUGUGGUCAGAGCACUAGGCAAGGAUUGGAUACUCAUUAUGGUCAGACAGACAGACAAAGCCAGAAUUCUCACUAUAGACAGACAUACGGACAAGACAUGGGUUCUGACUGCGGUCAAACACAUAGACAAGGCCAAAGUUCUCAAUAUGGUCAUACAGGCAGACAAGCACAGAGUUCCCAGUAUGGACAGACAGCCAGACAAACCCAGAGUUCUCGAUAUGGACAGACAGACAGACAAGGUCUAGGUUCUCAGUGUGAUCAGACAGACAGACAAGAUACACCAGUAUUUGCCCUAAUGGCUCAACUUCUGAAUAGCGUAUUCACCAUGAUCAGGGGGUUCCAGAAAUAUGAGAGUGGGCAUGGAGACUACACAUCACUCUGCAAGAAUGAGCUGAUGCAUCUGCUUUUGGCUGAAUUUGGAGAUGUCCUCCAGGUAAACUUGAACUUGAAGAAAGAAAACAUGUCUCCACUUCUGAGAAACAUCUUUGACAUCACUGACAUUUUCAAUCAAUAUGCCUCAAAUGGUUGUGAGGGGCCAGCACUAAGCAAGAAAGACUUAAAGGAACUCCUUGAAAGAGAAUUUGGAGAUGUCCUCCAGAGACCACAUGACCCUGAGACGGUAGAUAUGGUCCUGGAACUUCUGGAUCGCGACGGUGAUGGGCUUGUCCAUUUCAACGAAUACCUCCGGUUAAUUUUCAGGGUGGCUCAAGCUUGUCAUUACGCUCUCAGCCAGGUCACCGGGCUAGAUGAGGAGCAGAGAGAAAAGUGUGAGGGAAAGGGGAACCAACUAAAAGAACGCAGGCAAGAAACCCAAAGGAGAUUUGAGUCCCGGGACAGACCACUGGAAGAAGAACUCAGGCAGAAGCGGCAGGAGCAGGAGAGGGCACUCGCUGAGGAAGAGUUGCAGAGGCAAGAGCGACGUGAACAGCGUGACAGGCGGCUGCGAGAGGAGGAGCAGAGGCUGCAAAGGCGAGAACUCCAAGAGCGGGAAGAGAGAGGCGAGGAGAAAGAGCAGCUGCAGAGACGCAAGGGUCGGGAGCCUCAGGAGUUUCCAGAGGAAGAGCAACAGCAAAGGCGAGAAAGGCAGGCGCAGCGGGAGCUACAGCGACUUGAAGAUGAAAGGCAACAAAGAAGAAAGCAGCAGGAGCGCCGGGAAGUAGAAGAGCUGCAAAGGCGGGAAACGCAGGAACUGAGGAGGGAGCUCCGUGAGGAGGAACAACUACUGCAGAGGAGAGACAGGCAAGAACAGCUCAAGAGGGCGAGCCAGGAGGAAGAGCAGCUGAAAAGACGCGAGCAGCUCGAGCGCCUGGAAGAAGAAGAGCAACUGCAAAAGCGGGAAAGGCAGGAACUGAGGAGGGAGCGACUCGAGGAGGAGCAACAGCAGAGGCGCGAGAGGCUGGUGCGCGGUGAAGACGAGGCACAGCUGCAAAGGGGGCGCCUGGAGGAAGAAGAACGUAGGCAAAGGCGGGAGCGAUCACAGCUCAAGAGGGAGCGCCGCGAGGAGGAGCAGCAGCUGCAAAGGCAGAGGCGCGGGCGAGAGGAGCCACGCGAGCAGGAGAGGCGCGAGCAAGAACUGGUACAGGAGGAAGAGGAGCUGGAAGUGGCCCAAGAGCAGAGCCAGAGCCUCACCCCGCGGUGGCAGUGGCAGCUAGAAAGCGAGGUGGAGGCACGUCAAAGCAAAGUUUACUCCAGGCCCCGCAGGCAGGAGGAACUGAGGCGCCGCCAGGAGGAGGAGAGGAGUCGACGCCUGGAGCGAGAGCAGCACGUGCAGCUACGGCGGCAGGAGGAGCAGGCUCGCCGGCAAGAGGAGGAGGAGCAGCGCCGCGACUUCAAAAGACAGUGGCAGCUGGAGGAAGAGAGAGAGGGGCGCCGCCAGCAGCUUUCCACCAGGCCUUCCGUGAGAGAGCAGCGGGAGAGACAGGUGAGAAUGCAGGAACGUCAAGAGCAGGAACAACGGUUCCAAGAGGUGGAGGAGGAGCGACGCCAGCUGCGCGAGAGGGAGCAGGAAAGGCAAUUCCUCCAGGAGGAAGAGGAACUCCAGCGCCGUGAGCGCGCAAGACAGUUCCAGGAGGAGGGUGACCUCCAAGAGGAGAGGAGGCGACUCCAAGAGGACCAGCGCCGAGGCCAAAAAAUGAGAUGGCAACUCGAAGAAGAAAGUCAGAGACGCCGCCAAGUUCUGUAUUCCAAGCCGGCCAGGCGGGAGCAGCUGCGCGAGGAAGAAUUGCUGCAGCGUGAGGAGGAGCAGCUCCGGCGUCAAGAGCGCGACGGCCAGUACCGCCAAGAGCAGCUGCAGCAAGAGGAGAAGCAGCUGCAGAGAGAGGAACGAGAAAAAAGAAGGAUCCAGGAGCGAGAGAGACAAUGUCGGGACGAAGAGCAGCUACAGCAGGAGGAAGAACAGCAGCAGAGGGAAAGGAGGCGCCAGGAGCGCGAAAGGCUGUAUAGAGAGGAGGAAGGGCUGCAGCGCCAGGACAGGAAGCGACAAUUCCGUGAUGAAGAUCAGCGUCGCGAUCUGAAAUGGCAGGUGGAAACAGAAAAUGAAGUUCAAAGUAACAGAGUUUACUCCAAACGCACAGUGAAUGAAGAAGAGACCCAGCAGGUGGAAGAUUCCCAGGUCCGGGACAGAGAAUUCCAGAGGGACCGACGAUCCCUGCAGGAUGAACUGGAAGAAGAGCGCUCUUUCCAGGAUCGAGAGCAAGAGAGGAGACGUAGACAGCAACGCGACAGGCAAUUCCAAACCGAAGAACCACUGGAGGGGGAGGAGCGAGUGGAGGCCCAGAGACGAGAAAGGCAGUUCCAAGAGGAGGAGGUACUGCUAAGAGAAGAAAUAGGAGAGAAGAGACGCCGUCAGGAAGGAGACAAGAGAUUCCCUGAAGAAUACUUCCAGCAGUCGCGUGAUAGACGAUUCCAGGAGGAGGAGCAGCAGCUGCGCCGCCAGGAACGCAGUGAGGAACAACUGCGCCGCCAGCAACGCGACAGACUAUUCCGAGAGGAAGAGCAGCUUCGCCAGGAACGUGAGGAGGAGCAGCUGCGCCGCCAGCAGCGCGACAGACAGUUCCGCGAGGAAGAGCAGCUGCGUCAGGAACGCGAGGAGGAACAGCUGCGCCGCCAAUUCCGCGAGGAAGAGCGGCUGCGCCAGGAACGCGAAGACGAACAGCUGCGCCGCCUGCAGCGCGACAGGCAAUUCCGCGAGGAAGAGCAACUGCGUCAAGCGCGGGGAGAUGAGCCGCUUCGCCGCCAGCAGCGCGACAGACAAUUCCGCGAGGAAGAGCGGCUGCGCCAGGAACGCGAAGACGAACAGCUGCGCCGCCUGCAGCGCGACAGACAAUUCCGAGAGGAACAGCAGCUGCGUCAGGAACGCGAAGAUGAACAGCUGCGCCGCCAGCUGCGCGACAGGCAAUUCCGCGAGGAAGAGCAGCUGCGCCAAGAACGGGACGAGCAACAGCUACGCCGCCAGGAGCGCGACAGGCAGUUCCGUGAGGAAGAUCAGCUGCGCCGUCAGAAACUAGAUGGUGCCUUCUUCCGGGACGAGCAACUGAGACGCCCAGAGCAGGAGGAAGAAAAGCGACGCCUCCAGGACCAGGAGAGGGAGUUUCACCAGGAAGAAGAGGAGUUGCGUCGCGAAAAACUGGAAGAACAGAGGCGCAGGCAAGAACGAGACAGGCAGUACCGGGCCCAGGAUCAGUUUGCUGGGGAUAAGAGGCGUCGCCAAGAGCAAGAACUGCGUCAAGAAGAAGAGCAGAGACGCCGGCAGGAGCGGGAGAGGAAAUUCCGAGAGGAAGAUCAAGGCAAGCGUCAGUUCGUCAACCCCCCGGUGCGCUCCAGCCCUCUCUAUGAGUACAUCCAAGAGCAGAGAUCUCAAUAUCGCCCUUAA